GAGUCCAGUUGCAAAUCAACUAAGUCAACUGAAAAUUAUGAUUAAUCAAGUCCAAAGUUCGUAAUUAAUGAAGUUAUUAUAGCUUUAAAUAGGGAUCAAUAUCCUAAAAAUAGAUGGCAACAUUUGAAUAGACGCAAUGACCAAAAUGCACAUGCUACUACUCCCUCUGUUCUUCACCUUCCUUAACCUCUCUCAAUCUCAACCACACUCCGAUGCACCACCUUCAUCCACCGUCUGCAUCAUCGGAGCCGGAAUCGGCGGCUCAUCCGUUGCCCAUUUCAUCCGCAAAUACUCUCCAGACAUCACUCCCACCACCAAAAUCCAAGUAUUCGAGCGUAACAGCAUCGUCGGUGGUCGCAUAGCCACCGUUACCAUAGCCGGAGAAACAUUCGAAGCUGGAGCUUCAAUUCUUCAUCCGAAGAAUCUUCACGCCGUUACUUACACAAAGCUUCUCAACCUCAAGGUGAAAGAGCCAGGUUCGGAUUCGUUAUCGCUUGGAAUUUGGGAUGGCAAUAAAUUCGUUUUCAAAACGAUUGAAAUUAGUUCCAAUAUUGCCCUCAUCGAUAAGCUUCUCAAACUCCCUUUUAUUGAGAAUCUCGUUUCACUUGUCAAUUCGGGACUCAUGUUCGUUCGUUAUGGCUUUUCGCUUUUUAAGAUGCAGAACUUUGUGAAGGAUGCUGUGGAUAGGUUCGGAAAAUACUACGAGGAAACUAGUUCAAGACCUAUUUUUGAGACUGUGGAUGAGAUGUUGAAAUGGUCUGGACUGUUUAAUCUUACUACCAGGACUUUACAAGAUGAGUUGGUUGAUGCUGGGUUGUCUCCCUUGUUGAUCAAUGAACUUGUCACGGUCAUUACACGUAUUAAUUAUGGCCAGAGUGUCUACAUGAGUGGGUUGGGAGGGGCAGUUUCACUGGCUGGAUCUGGUGGAGGAUUAUGGUCAAUUGAGGGAGGCAAUUUUCAAAUGGCUGCUGGACUGAUCAAUCGCUCGGAAGUUGCAUUACAUCUGCAGGAAGAAAUAAAAUCUGUUGCUGACCUUGGAGAUUAUUAUGAACUCAACUCAACAAAAGGAAACAGUUAUAUCUGUGACGUUGCUGUGGUUGCCACGCCAUUGGAUGAGUUAAAUAUUCAAUUUAUUCCCCCAAUUUCGAUUCCCGAGAGAAAAUUACAGCACACACAUGCAACUUUUGUCAGGGGCCUUCUAAACCCUGUAUAUUUUGGUCUCAAGGCUGCGGCGAAAAUUCCUGAUCUUGUGGCCACAUUAGAGGACCCUAAACUUCCAUUUACAAGCAUUUCAGUUCUCAAGGAGCACAAUGAAGAAGAAUCCACUUAUAAAAUAUUCUCUCGUCAACCAAUGACAGACAUAUUACUUGAUAGCAUUUUCAGUGUGAGGAAGGAGACAAUUCGGAUAAACUGGGCUGCCUACCCUCAGUAUCACGCCCCAGAAAUAUUUGCACCAUUUAUAUUGGAUGGACGGCAGCUGUACUAUGUUAAUGCAUUUGAAAAUGCGGCUAGCACCAUGGAGACAAGUGCUGUGGCAGCUGAGAACAUUGCCCGACUUAUACUCUCAAGAUAUUUUGGCAAAGUAAGUGUGCAUUCAUCUAAUUUGAAUUUGAAGGCUAGUUCUCAAGAAGAUGCUCAUUUAGACUUGUAAUACAGUGAUUGCAAGAUUUUGUUUAAUAUGCAUUUGGAAAUACGGGAAAGUAAAUCAAGCAAUUAUUGUCAACAGGAAGUUAAUCCCUAGCCAACUGGUGGAGAUACAACUAUAUGCAAAACACGGGACAAUACUGCAAAUACGGCACAAUAAAUAAUUUCUCUCCUCAAUCCUCCCUUUGUGUUUUAUCAUGUAAUUAUGUUCUUAAUGGAUAGUGUGUCACUGUUAAGAUUAAAACUUCUAGUGGUUGCAUUUUCUGAUGAGGAUUUCGUAGUAUUUGUACCACUUCAUAUCACUGCAAUUAACAGGCAGAGGUUAAUAUGUAACAUUUCCACUGGAGCCUUAUUUUACUAGACUGUGAUAAAGUUAUUAGUGGUGCUCAA